CCCACUACAGAGCCGCUCGCCCUCGUGACUCGCCCGUCCCGUCCCACGGAGCUACCGCAUCAGAGUGGCCGCGGCCGGAGGAUGUCCCUGCGGCGGGAUAACUGAGCGCCGCGGGACGGUGUGAGGCGCGUUCGGAGACAUGUUCCCGCAGAGCCGGCACCCCGCGCCGCACCAGGCUGCGGGGCAGCCCUUCAAAUUCACCAUCCCGGAGUCGCUGGACCGCAUCAAGGAGGAGUUCCAGUUCCUCCAGGCUCAGUACCACAGCCUUAAACUGGAAUGUGAGAAACUCGCCAGUGAGAAGACAGAAAUGCAGAGGCACUAUGUGAUGUAUUAUGAAAUGUCAUAUGGAUUAAACAUUGAAAUGCACAAACAGACAGAAAUCGCCAAGAGAUUGAAUACAAUCUGUGCACAAGUCAUCCCAUUUUUGUCUCAGGAACAUCAGCAGCAAGUGGCUCAAGCUGUAGAACGUGCCAAACAAGUGACCAUGGCUGAACUGAAUGCCAUCAUCGGGGUACGUGGCCUUCCAGGUCUACCUCCUACACAGCAGCAGUUGCAGGCUCAACAUCUCUCCCAUGGCCAUGGACCUCCAGUGCCUCUAACACCACAUCCAUCAGGACUUCAGCCUUCAGGAAUCCCUCCACUUGGAAGCAGUGCUGGCCUCCUUGCCCUUUCUAGUGCUUUGGGUGGUCAGUCUCACUUGGCAAUAAAAGAUGACAAGAAGCAUCACGAUGCAGAGCACCACAGAGACAGAGAGCCAGGCACAAGCAAUUCUCUAUUGGUGCCAGACAGUCUGCGAAGCACAGAUAAACGCAGGAAUGGCCCUGAAUAUUCCAAUGACAUCAAAAAGAGAAAGGUGGAUGAUAAGGAUUCCAGCCACUAUGACAGUGAUGGGGACAAGAGUGAUGAUAACUUGGUUGUGGAUGUAUCCAAUGAGGAUCCUUCAUCUCCACGGGCAAGUCCUACUCAUUCACCACGUGAAAAUGGUAUAGAUAAAAGCCGCUUGCUGAAGAAAGAUGCCUCUAGCAGUCCAGCAUCUACAGCCUCUUCAGGAAGUUCCACUUCUCUGAAAUCCAAAGAAAUGAGUUUGCAUGAAAAAGCCAGCACGCCUGUUCUGAAAUCCAGCACACCGACUCCUCGAAGUGACGUGCCAACUCCAGGCACUAGUGCAACUCCAGGACUUCGUCCAGGCCUUGGCAAGCCUCCAACAAUGGACCCUCUGGUGAACCAGGCUGCCGCAGGUUUGCGCACACCUUUGGCUGUACAAGGGCCAUACCCUGCUCCGUUUGGAAUGGUGCCUCAUGCUGGCAUGAAUGGAGAACUAACCAGUCCAGGGGCAGCGUACGCCAGCCUGCACAACAUGUCACCCCAGAUGAGUGCUGCUGCUGCAGCAGCUGCUGUGGUUGCGUAUGGAAGAUCUCCUAUGGUUGGGUUUGAUCCUCCUCCUCACAUGAGAGUACCUGGAAUCCCUCCAAAUCUUGCAGGAAUUCCUGGGGGAAAACCAGCCUACUCCUUUCAUGUUACUGCAGAUGGCCAGAUGCAGCCUGUUCCUUUCCCUCCUGAUGCCCUCAUCGGUCCAGGAAUCCCUCGCCAUGCCCGUCAAAUCAACACUCUGAACCAUGGGGAAGUUGUGUGUGCAGUUACCAUCAGCAACCCCACGAGACAUGUGUACACGGGUGGCAAGGGGUGUGUCAAAGUCUGGGAUAUCAGCCAGCCCGGGAAUAAGAGCCCUGUCUCUCAGCUCGACUGCCUGGCAUGUAUUAACGUAACGGAGGUGAUUUGUGUUGUACAGAACAGAGAUAACUACAUCCGCUCUUGUAAAUUACUGCCUGAUGGAUGCACCCUAAUAGUUGGCGGGGAAGCCAGCACAUUAUCCAUAUGGGACCUGGCAGCGCCAACUCCUCGUAUAAAAGCAGAGCUUACAUCCUCAGCUCCUGCCUGCUAUGCUUUGGCUAUCAGCCCUGACUCCAAGGUGUGCUUUUCCUGCUGCAGUGAUGGGAACAUUGCAGUGUGGGAUCUGCACAAUCAGACAUUGGUCAGGCAAUUCCAGGGCCACACAGAUGGGGCCAGCUGUAUUGACAUUUCUAAUGAUGGUACCAAACUCUGGACAGGAGGUUUGGAUAACACUGUCAGAUCCUGGGACUUGAGAGAAGGGAGACAGCUACAGCAACACGACUUCACAUCACAGAUAUUUUCCCUUGGUUAUUGCCCUACUGGUGAAUGGCUAGCCGUGGGAAUGGAGAGCAGCAACGUGGAAGUGCUACAUGUAAAUAAACCAGACAAAUAUCAGCUGCACCUUCAUGAGAGUUGUGUAUUGUCACUCAAAUUUGCUUACUGUGGUAAAUGGUUUGUGAGUACAGGGAAGGAUAACCUUCUUAAUGCAUGGAGAACUCCUUAUGGAGCCAGUAUAUUCCAGUCCAAAGAAUCUUCAUCAGUGCUUAGCUGUGACAUCUCUGUGGAUGAUAAAUACAUAGUCACUGGCUCUGGAGACAAAAAAGCUACAGUCUAUGAAGUUAUCUACUGAAAAUAUGAUGGGGAUAUAACUUUUAGAAGUUGAACUGGGCCAAAAUUGUUCUUAAUUGUAGAAUUAGAAAGGUUUGCCUUUUAAAAAGGAAUUAAAGUAUUGAGGUUCCAGACCUUGUGAUGAAGUUACUUCGGUUUUUCAAAAUAGAAGGCAACAUCCAGCAACUUAAGUAUUGGCUGUGCGGACCAAACACAACACAGAAGCAAGAUGGACAGAUGUAGCCUAGGUUUUUGACAUAGUUUUAAAAGCCGAGUCUGCUAAAGAAUGUUGAAGCCUUUUUAUUUUUUCUCUUUCUUUAUGACCUCAUGCAAAUUGUUCUCAUUGCCUGAAUAUGGGGAUAACCUUUCUGUUCCUUGCAAUUCAAUUUGCAUCCUGUCCUGUGUAGAGCAGUGGUGUCUCAGAUGAACUUGUUUCCUGGUUUUGCAUCUUGUGAUAUGUUUUUGUAUUUUUGUUGAAGGUCAAACAUUUGUAUAAAUUGUAAAUAUAUUUAGUUUAUUACAGUAAAGGCUUUAGUAUGAACAACCACUCUUCUUCUCCCCUUCCUCCUCCCACUCUUCUUCCCUCCCACUCCUCACCCCCACUUAUUUAAAAGACCUUUUGGGGAUAUAAGUACCUUUUUAGAAGCAAAAGCAAACACUAUGUAUAGUUUGAAAACUGUGUCUUAUUCUUUAUAACUCUUCCUAGAUUCCUUUAUCAUACUUCAAAGUAAUUGUUUUGACAUAUUAGGAUAUCAAAUCCAGUAGAUACUGUCUUGUGCUGCAGGAAAACUAAAAGGCAAUUUUGUACUAAUUAUAGUGUAAAUACAAAAAUUGAACAUUUCAUAAAGUUGUGCAGUUUAUUUUAA